AUGCCCCCCUCCGGUCGCGGCCCAUCGUCGGCAUGGGGCCGCCUGAAGCCCGUCGAGCUCGACCCCCUGGAGGCCAUGGGGCUGCCGUCCAAGGGCGAAACCAGGCUGCUCGAAUUCAAGACGCAGAACCAGUACUACACCGAGAUCGUCAAGAGGUACCUCGCCUUUUGCUCCGACGCCGGGGGCCGGGACUCGCUGCUGGCCCAGUUUGCCGCCCUCAGCGUCGGGCCCUCGGCGGCUCCAGGGACUGCUCCAGGGACGGCAGCGGUGGGAAGCGGCAUCUACAGCCUGCCCCAGCCCACAAAGGCCACCAUUGCCGCCGCCACGGCUGAUGGCGGCAGCACGGGCGGCGGGGCCAAGUCCAAGGACCUGACGGUCAUCAUGAUGGCGCUCCGCAAGCUGCGCGAGGCCAUCGUGGCCUCGAAGCGCGCCGACGACUUUGCGGUGCAGACCUAUCUGUUCUGCAUCCGCCUCGCCGUCCUGGUCAAGCAGCCCGAGUCGUACCACCCGGCCAUCCAGCACCUGCUGCGGCACAUCAACACCCGGUCCCAGCAGCAGCAGCAGCAACAGCAGUCGGCGCAGCAGUCGGCGCAACAGCAACAACAACAACAACAACAACAACAGCAACAACAACAGCAACAACAACAGCAACAACAACAGCUCUCCCCAACCACCCCCGACCACCACCGCCAUCAGCCGCUCACGACAGUCGAGCUGCAGGAGGUGGCGGGCUACCUGGUGCUGGACGCGGCGUGCCGGCGCGGCGACCUGGCCGAGGCGCACGCGUCGCGGCUGCGCUACGGCCUGCGCGACGGGCGCGUCGACGCGGUGCUCGCGGCGCUCGCGCACGACAACUACGCCGCCUUCUGGCGCCUGCGCGGCCAGGUCGACGGCCACAAGGCCCGCCUCAUGGAGUUUGCCGAGCCGGUCAUGCGCCGCCACGCCCUGCUCUGCCUGGGCCGCUCGUACCUGGCCGUCGAGUGCCCCUUUCUGGAGCGCUGCGCCGGCGGCAGGGCCUGGGCCGACCUGCAGCGGCUCGACGCCGUCGGGUGGGAGCGUGACGGGCAGCGGGUUGUGAUUCGGAGGAUCAAGGCCAAGUGAUUUGUGCUGUGACGCUAAGCUUUUGUUUCACAGCUGAGGGGAGGUUUGUUCAAGGGACUGGUUGGUCUCGAGAAAGUAUCGUUUUCCCGCUUUGGCUUUUUCAUUCUUUACCCUCCGCGAAUGGAUAUAUAGAUACCCUUUCAACAUGAUACUCUCGUUGCUAUCUGA